AUGUCGCCAGCUCUGAAAGGUAAGUUCGGCUCGCCCGUAUACUUUUCAAGUCAUAUGCUGAAUCUGCCGGGAGACUGUCGUACCUGCAAUCGCCGACGCAUUCGCUGCGACAGAACCAUCCCGGCCUGCUGGAAAUGUGUCUCGCGAAGGCUGUCAUGCCCUGGUUACGAGAAACAGCUGAAGUGGGUGUGUGGCGCGGUCAGUAAAGGGCCAUAUCGAAGAUAUUAUCGGCCCGAGGAGGCAGAUGUAAAUCUUGGAGAGGCCAGUGGCGAUCAACACGUUGAGGACCAAAGGCAGGCAAGAAGGAUCACGGAGUGGAUGACACAUGAUCCUUCGAGCACUCCCUGGACUGAGGUCUACCCAUUGGCGUUAUUUCGAACGUCUCUGGUAGAGGCUCAGCUGAGCCAACCUGAAGUGGCCACUCUUCUGAAUCACUUCACCGAAGUUGUUGCCAAUCAGCUGGUCUGGUAUGAUGACGAUGCCAAUCCGUGGCGGAAAUUGAUUGUGCCACUUGCCUUGGACUCGCCGACACUACUCACGACCAUUCUUGCUAUUGCAUGCGGUAACAUUGUGUCGAGAAUGCGAAGCGACCACCACCACACAGGCAGUUUUUUUCGGUCAACGCAGCUCCACCGUGAGAAAGCUUUAAGGCUGUUGUCGAAAGACUUUCAAACUAUGAGUAAUCUCAUAUCAACCGAAUCAUGGAUGCCUUCCCAUUCGCACUGGGGAAAAGCUACACUAGCAAGCGUCAUCAUUCUCUCCUAUUUGGAGAUUCACUUUCCAACAUCGGGUGUGUGGCGAUUGCACCUAGAGGCAGCGCGACAAGUGAUCCAAGCAAUCCAAAAGCCUUCAAUUUCUGACCGAACGACAACCUUUUUGGCUGAAGAGCUCUUUGCUACAACCACUUGGGCACUACUGACAGACUAUGAUGCCGAUACGUCUGUCAGCGAUCAAGAUCUUCACAUAUCGCUUGACAAGGAUGGUCCCCAACCUCGACAGCCGGAGGAGAUGGUUACCAUGCCGUGUCAGGAUUCUGGAUUUGCGGGCUUCUGCCUCGUCAUACGGCAAAUUACUCAAACAGAGCGAUUAUUCCAGCAAUCAAGAAUUCACGGGGUGCCGUACAUAGACACCGAGACCAGGUUGGUGCAAAUAGGCCGCAUGCUCUCAGAAGCUCGGCGCUGUGCACUCGGGUCGGUAAGGCUGGAACACCUUCGCCGUUCAAAAUCUGAACACCUUGAUGCCAGCAAUUUGAUUGAUGCCCUUUACCACUCUACUUCAGUGUACAAAUUCCGGGCACUGCAAUUCACAUCAAACGAGGGAAGCACCGUGGUCUCUCACCGGGAUCAGUUGUUCAAGUCUCUACAAACGUUUCAUGACCCUGAGUCAUUCGCCCAAGACCAAACAUGGCCUCUAUUCGUGGCUGGGACGGAGAGUAAGGGCGAUGUAACCAGGCAGCGAUGGAUCAGGGACCGAUUCCAGCUCAUUAUGAGUUGUAGUUGUGAGCUUGAUCGACCCAGGGUAAUGAGGUUUCUCGAAUCAUAUUGGCUUCAGACUGACUCAGAAAAUUGGGUCGACUAUGGACGUCGGCAGGCAAAUCAAGACAGGUUUCUGAUCCUCUGAUAUGCAGUCAAGUUCUCUGAACCAUUUGACAAAAAUUUCUAACAAAAUUGACAUCUCACGUCUGACCACGACCGUAAAGCCUUCCUGCUGAUAAGCUUCAG